AUGCUUUCCCGCGCAGCUUUCCUCCCCCUCCUUUGUCUCCUGCUUGCAGCCCGGCUGCGCGCCGAUCAGCCGCUCGGAGGCUGCAGCACGGUCACGCCCGGCAGAGAGCUCGACUGUCUCCAGGCGAACAACGAUCCGUUGUUCAACACCUGCAAGGUUUGCAAGAAAGAGGAUGUGCUCCAUUGCAUCAAUGCGCGCAGCGCAGCCAAGUGCAAUUACCCAGCGCUGUUUGGUAGCUCCUGCGCGACAGUCGCGCCCGGCACAAAUCUCGCCUGCCUCAAGUCUAGAAAAGAUCCGCUAUUCGACACGUGCAAGGUCUGCAAGCAGGACGACGUCGUCGAUUGCAUCAACACGCGAAGCGCAGCCAAGUGCAAUUACCCAGCUCCACUUGGUAGCUCCUGCGCGACAGUCGCGCCCGGCACAAAUCUCGCCUGCCUCGAGUCUAGAAAAGAUCCUUUGUUUGACACGUGCAAGGUCUGCAAGCAGGACGACGUCGUCGAUUGCAUCAACACGCGAAGCGCAGCCAACUGCAAUUACCCAGCUCCACUUGGUAGCUCCUGCGCGACAGUCGCGCCCGGCACAAAUCUCGCCUGCCUCAAGUCUAGAAAAGAUCCGUUGUUCGACACGUGCAAGGUCUGCAAGCAAGACGACGUCGUCGAUUGCAUCAACACGCGAAGCGCAACCAAGUGCUAUUACCCAGCUCCACUUGGUAGCUCGUGCGCGACAGUCACGCCCGGCACAAAUCUCGCCUGCCUCAAGUCUAGAAAAGAUCCGCUAUUCGACACGUGCAAGGUCUGCAAGCAGGACGACGUCGUCGAUUGCAUCAACACGCGAAGCGCAGCCAAGUGCAAUUACCCAGCUCCACUUGGUAGCUCCUGCGCGACAGUCGCGCCCGGCACAAAUCUCGCCUGCCUCGAGUCUAGAAAAGAUCCUUUGUUUGACACGUGCAAGGUCUGCAAGCAGGACGACGUCGUCGAUUGCAUCAACACGCGAAGCGCAGCCAAGUGCAAUUACCCAGCUCCACUUGGUAGCUCCUGCGCGACAGUCGCGCCCGGCACAAAUCUCGCCUGCCUCAAGUCUAGAAAAGAUCCGCUAUUCGACACGUGCAAGGUCUGCAAGCAGGACGACGUCGUCGAUUGCAUCAACACGCGAAGCGCAGCCAAGUGCAAUUACCCAGCUCCACUUGGUAGCUCCUGCGCGACAGUCGCGCCCGGCACAAAUCUCGCCUGCCUCGAGUCUAGAAAAGAUCCGCUAUUCGACACGUGCAAGGUCUGCAAGCAAGACGACGUCGUCGAUUGCAUAUAUACGCGAAGUGCAGCCAAGUGCAAAUACCCAUAA